AUGUCUUCAACUUUCUUGUCAAAUACAGCGGAUAAAGUGAAAAUCAUGGUCGCCGGAGAGAAAGGCCGCAAGGUCGCCGACCUUGACACCGUCACCCAGACGGUGUCGUCCAAUGAUAGGAUUACUUCCGACUUUGGCGUGAAGAUGGGCAAUGUCGACGAAUGGCUACGAGUAGCCAGCAAUGACAAGACGGGUCCUAUGCUUCUGGAAGACUCAUUUUCCAGAGAAAGAAUUCACAGAUUUGACCACGAACGAAUUCCCGAACGAGUGGUCCACGCACGAGGCGCUGGUGCGUUCGGUAACUUCCGAUUAUUUAAAAGCGCCGAAGAUGUGACAACGGCAGGAGUUCUUACAGACACCACUCGUGAGACGCCUGUUUUCGUUCGAUUCUCCACCGUGGCAGGAUCUCGCGGUAGCGCUGACACCGUGCGCGAUGUGCGCGGGUUUGCGGUCAAGUUCUAUACGCAGGAGGGCAACUGGGAUAUAGUUGGAAACAAUAUCCCGGUUUUCUUCAUCCAGGACGCUAUCAAAUUCCCGGAUGUUAUUCACGCUGUGAAGCCUGAGCCUCACAAUGAGAUACCACAGGCUCAAUCAGCUCACAACAACUUCUGGGAUUUCGCGUUUAUGCAUACCGAGGCCACGCACAUGUUUAUGUGGACGAUGUCAGACCGAGCGAUCCCGCGAUCAUUCAGAAUGAUGCAGGGGUUUGGCGUAAACACAUUUGUUCUAACCAACAAGAAUGGCGAGCGUCAUUUUGUCAAGUUCCACUGGACUCCCGAACUUGGUGUCCACUCAUUAGUUUGGGAUGAGGCUUUAAAGAUAGCAGGCCAAGAUCCCGACUUCCACCGCAAGGAUUUAUGGGAGGCGAUUGAGUAUGGAGCUUUUCCAAAGUGGAAGUUCGGUAUCCAGGUGAUCCCUGAGUCUCGGGAGCACGAUUUUGAUUUUGAUAUCCUUGACGCGACGAAGCUUUGGCCCGAAGAUCUCAUCCCAGUUCGAUACAUCGGCGAGCUCGAGCUUAACAGGAAUGUGGAUGAAUUUUUCCCCCAGACCGAACAGGUCGCAUUCUGCACAGCGCAUAUGGUUCCAGGAAUUGCCCAUUCGAAUGAUCCCUUACUACAAGGACGUAGCUUUAGCUACUUCGAUACACAGCUAUCCCGUCUCGGAAUCAACUGGCAAGAACUUCCUAUUAACAAGCCAGUCUGCCCCGUUAUGAAUUUCAACCGUGAUGGCCAAGGGAGACAUGCUAUCACUAAAGGACAAGUCAACUACUAUCCCAACAGGUUUGAGGCACGGCCGCCGGCCACUGCGCAAGAAGGCGCAUAUCCGGAACCGCCUUUCGACGUCCAAGGUAUUAAGGCACGAACCAAGAGCGUUAAAUUCCGGGAGCACUACAACCAAGCCCAGUUGUUCUAUAACAGUUUGUCUGAGCCGGAGAAGAGGCACCUUGCCGCCGCAUUCUCAUUCGAAUUGGAUCACUGCGACGAUCCUGUCGUCUACGAGCGCAUGACUCAACGAUUAGCCGACAUCGAUUUAGGACUCGCUCAGACUGUAGCCGAGAUAGUCGGAGGUUCGAAGCCCGAUACCUACACCAGAGAGAACCACGGCAAGAAAGCUAGUAAGCUUAGCCAGCUUGAAUUCCCGCCAGAGAAGCCGACAAUUGCUAGCCGUCGCAUCGCUAUCAUUAUUGCAGACGGCUUUGACAUUGGUGUCUACAGCGCUGUUAAGGCCGCGGUCAUAGCGUCUGGCGCAUUACCCUUCACCAUCGGAACACGCAGGUCCGAGAUAUUCCCAAAAGAUGUACCGAAGUCACCAGGUUCUGGCGUGAAACCCGACCACCACCUCGAAGGCAUGCGAUCUACCUUGUUUGAUGCAGUAUUUGUUCCUGGCGGUUCUGAGUCGAUCAAGACUCUUUCUCAGAGCGGGCGUGCUCUGCACUGGCUCCGCGAAGCGUUCGGACAUCUCAAACCUAUUGCAGCUACGGGUGAGGGAAUUGAGUUACUCAAGCUGGCAUUCGCAUUACCAGGGAUCCAAGUGUCAACGAACGACCAGGCGGUUGAAUCAUAUGGCGUUGUCACUAUGCGUCGUGUGACCCCUGAUAGCUUGAAGGGGACUAUUGCGAUCGCAAAGGAGGGAGCAAAACUCUUGGAGAAGUUCUGGUACCAAAUUUCGCAACACAGGAACUAUGAAAGAGAAUUAGCUGGGCUUAACGUACAGGUUGCGUAUUAA